UUUUUGGGAGGUGCUUGAGGCCGCGGAGGUCGUUGGUGUCUGUUGAACUGCUUGUGGAAGUCGUGCUGCCUUGGGUAGGGGUUAAAAUCGUUCUCGAGAGGAACGUCUCUGUCCGAAGAGAACAUGAAUUUAGCUCUGAGAAAUGAGCUUGUAGUAGACAAAACAAAGAGGAAAAAAAGAAGAGAACUCUCUGAAGAACAGAAACAAGAAAUUAAAGAAGCUUUUGAACUUUUUGACACAGACAAAGAUGAAGCAAUAGAUUAUCAUGAAUUAAAGGUGGCAAUGAGAGCCUUGGGGUUUGAUGUAAAAAAAGCUGAUGUACUGAAGAUUCUUAAAGAUUAUGACAGAGAAGCCACAGGGAAAAUCACCUUUGAAGAUUUUAAUGAAGUUGUGACAGACUGGAUAUUGGAAAGAGAUCCACAUGAAGAAAUAUUGAAGGCAUUUAAACUAUUUGAUGAUGAUGAUUCAGGUAAAAUAAGCCUGAGGAAUCUGCGACGUGUUGCCAGAGAAUUGGGUGAAAACAUGAGUGAUGAAGAACUUCGGGCUAUGAUAGAAGAAUUUGAUAAAGAUGGUGAUGGAGAAAUAAAUCAAGAGGAAUUCAUUGCUAUUAUGACUGGUGACAUUUAAAGAAUUACAAGGAUAAACACUAAGAAUGUUGCAGUUAUCAUCUUAUAUUCUAUUUUUGUGCCUGAAGCCGUGUUUAAAAAAAAAAACUUAGUUCUUUUUUCCAAAAGGACCAAAAAUAACCAUCUUAUGUAUUCAUAUUUUACUACUGUUAAGCUUCUUUAUAUGAACAGUAUUGUUAGUACUCUAAUAGUUUAGCUUUGUAUUUAUAAUAUAGCUUUUAUAUAUAAAAUUUUAAAAAUUGAAUCAUGUGGUGCAUAUUUUUUGAAGGUUUUUAAUUUAGCAUUAGUAGUCACUUUUGUUUUGGUGCACAUGUUUUUCAGACUUUCCUUAAUAAAAUGUUUAUUUUUUAGU